UAGUUAUGAUGAUUUGUGACAAACAGUCCACUUGCAGCAAUUAGCCGUCUGCAAAAUAAAAUAACCCAACAUUCAUCAACCUCGUUGGUUGCAUCCUAAGGUGGUUGACUCGAUUACGAUUUGAACAUUGGCUUCGCUUCUUGUUGUCUUCUAAAUUCUGCAGAAAAAGCUUCAAUCAAUCAGAAGAAAAGAUGGAGAGUCAAAUGGCAUGUGAGGGCAAAGGCGUCAGUAAACACAUCUGGGUCAUCCCCUUCCCAGCAUGCGGCCAUAUUCUUCCUCUUGUCGACUUAACUCAUCAGCUUCUUCUUCGUGGCCUAAAAGUGACAAUCUUGGUCACACCCAAAAACCUUUGCUAUCUAAACCCUCUUCUCUCUUUGCACUCUCCCAGUAAUGUUCAAACCCUUGUCUUUCCCUUCCCUUCUCACUCUUCCCUCCCUCCUGGAGUUGAGCAGAUGCAAGACCUCCCUAUAUCCUUUGUUCCUGACAUCGCAACUGCCUUGGGUAAACUCUAUGACCCUUUGUUUCAGUGGUUUCAAAGCCACCCAUCUCCCCCUGUUGCUAUUCUCUCUGAUACAUUGCUCAGUUCUUGGACUACAAAGCUAGCUUGCCAUCUCAACAUCCCUAAUAUCAGUUUCCUUCCGUUCAAUGUAAGGGCAGUAUCUUCGUGGUUCGGCAAACUGAACAUCAUGCCAUCCUUUUACACAGAGGCAUAUAUGGCAAGUAUACAAAGUUGGGGGCUUGUUUUUAACUCCUUCAAAGAGUUGGAAGGUGAAAAUUUGGAUAUCAUUAAGGAGAAGUUCACCCGACAUGAUCGGGUUUGGGCCGUCGGGCCUUUGCUGCCUGCAAACGCUGGGGACAGGGGCCUCAAUGAGAGAGGUGGACCGAGUUCAAUACCCCCUGGUCAAGUAAUGGCAUGGCUCGAUUCCUGCCACGUGGACAAAUCAGUCGUCUACGUGGGAUUUGGGAGUCAAAUUACGUUGACCAAGCGGCAAAUGAAGGCAGUAGCCUCAGCGUUGGAAGAUAGUGGGGUUCGUUUCAUUUGGGCUGUCAAGGAUCCGAUGAAAAGAGUGCAAGAUGGCGAUGAUGAUCAGAGUAUGAUACCCCAGGGGUUCGAAGAUCGUGUGGCAGGGAGAGGCCUCGUGAUCAAAGGGUGGGCGCCCCAAGUGGCUAUUCUCAGGCACCGAGCCGUUGGUUCUAACUUGAGUCAUUGCGGUUGGAACUCAGCACUGGAAGGGAUCCUCGCUGGAGUGUUGUUGCUUGCUUGGCCCAUGCAAGCCGACCACUUCCACAUCACCAAGCUGUUGGCAGAUGAAUUCGGGGUGGCUAUCCGAGUUUGCAAGGGUUUAAGGAGUAUCCCUGAUUCGGUCAAACUAGCUCGGAUCUUUGUUGAUUCCACGGGCAUGGCGCGGCCAGAAAGAGUUCGAGCCAUAAAGCUGCAGAAAACAGCACUAAACGCCAUCAGAAAAGGUGGAAGUUCGUACCAGGCUCUUGAUAAACUAAUAGAAGGGUUGUCUAGCUUUAAUGGCAACAAAAUCAAGGAAAAUAAAAUAAGAUCGUCUAUGUAGCAAUUGGGAAUGGUUUGACUUUGAC